GAUAGAAAUCAGUUGAUAACAAAAUCUCAACCAGUUAACAUUCAAAUUGUAAGUAUCCGAUAAUGGAUAGAACCGAAUUUGUUCCUAGUAUACCAAAGUAUUUGGAGGAUGAACUGAGCAUAAUAGCGAAAAACCAUCAGUUCCUGGAAUAUACAAUCCAACUAGAUAAUGGAUCCAAGCAUGGAGACGGAUUUAUGGCAACUAUGGUUGGAGUAACAUUGAGAGGUCAACAGUACCACAAUGGGCUCAAAAUGAACUUCGAACUGCCACUGAUAUGCAAACUAUUGCCAGAUAGCAUUGAAAGACGAGAAACAUUCAGUGCGGCAGUUUUAUUCGAACGAGAGGUCUUUUUCUACAAAACAGUUUUGCCAAUUUUCAUCAAGUUUUUGGAGGACAGGAACAUCAAUGUCCACGACGAAUUUUCAAUGUACCCAAAAUGUUUCGUUACGCUCUACGAACCGCAAUUGGAUCACCAUUUAAUUAUAAUGGAAAAUUUAAGAUCGUCGGGCUACGACAUGUGGCCGAAAACGGUUCCAAUUGACUUCGACGCAGCUGCUGGAGUUUUAACCGAAUUGGGAAAGUUUCAUGCAAUAUCUCUUGGUAUACUCGAUCAACGGAGAGAGAUUUUCGAUGACAUAUUUCGGCUUUCGGAACCGUUUCGUGAAUUAUUCAAAGGAAAUGGUGCCACUGAGACGAUGGUGUCCGGUGCUAUUCAAGAAACCAUCGAUGUGUUGGAAGACGAAACAGAAAUUGCGGUAAUGCAAACGGUGAAGGACAAUUACGAGAGUUGGUUUCGGGAAUACUUGAGCUGCGAUGCAGCUGGAAGGUUUAGUGUACUGAAUCAUGGUGAUCUAUGGAACAAUAACAUGAUGUUCAACCUGAAGUCCAAUCGUCAACAAUUACGUUUCGUUGACUUUCAACUGCUACGAUUGGCGUCACCUGUUCUUGACAUCACAUACUACAUAUGCUCAUCAACGACCCAGGAAAUCCACCAACGUUUCAAUGAUCUGCUGAAAAUCUAUUACGAUGCGCUAGCAACAUUUCUCACAAAAAUGGGAAGUGAUCCGAACAAAUUGUUUACUUUUAACGAUCUGCAAGACCAAUUCCGACAAUUUGGUAAAUAUGGACUGAUCUUUACGCCGAUAUUGGCUGGUGUAAUGGUGUCGGAAUCGAAAGAUAUAAUUGACAUGGACUCAAUAAAGCAGGAUACAGCAGUCGCUGGGCUGGCAGUGUUGAAUCAAAAAACGAAAAUGUUGUUGAAAAAUCGAAUGAGUUCGGUCAUUCAACUAGCAAUUGAGCAGAAAUGGGUUUAGUUAGAGUUCAUUGAUGCAUCAACGUAGUCUAUUUGAUAUAGCGGUAA